AUGGCUGCCGGUAUCAGUGACGCGAUCCAGAAAGAUCAUCGGGAAAUCGAAGACUACUAUAACAAAAUCCUCGCUUCCUCCACGGACAAAGAGAAGAUCCAGUGGCAAAAUCAGUUCACAUGGGAGCUAGCCCGUCACUCUAUCGGCGAGGAGCUUGUCGUCUACCCAGAGUUCGAAAAGAAGCUCCCCGAUGGCCGCCAGAUGGCAGACAAGGAUCGCCAAGAGCACCUCUCUGUCAAAAAACAACUCAAAGCUUUCCAGAAUAUGCAACCAUCUGAUCCUCAGUUUGAGAAUACCAUCAAAUCUCUCAUGAAAGAUCUUUCAGAACACAUCAAAGAAGAAGAGUCCGAUGAUCUUCCGAAACUAGAGGCCCAGUUAACGAGCGAUGAGAGCGAGGACCUCUCCAAAUCUUUCAGCAGAACUAAGAUGUUCGUUCCCUCGCGUUCGCAUCCCAGCGCUCCUGAUAAGCCUCCUUUUGAAACGGCCAUUGGACUUAUGACAGCCCCUAUCGAUCAUUUGGCGGAUUUGUUCAGGAAGUGGCCACACACCUCAGGCAUGCCAAACCCGUCUACUAAAUAG